CGGCCUUUUUCGUUACGAAAAGCGAAACGGGUGAGUUCGUCCAAACGUCGUUGUAAUCAAACUUUUUCUUUUAUUUGUGAGUUUUAUUAGUUGUGUCGUUGACUACCUUUAACUCGCCGUGAUGCAAUCUUUUAUCUACCAAAUUUCUUAUUAUCAAUGAGAGGAGCGCAUUCGGGUUACAUUCAAUCACAUAAUAUUAUUUAUGUUCGUAUUUGUUUGAAGGUAUGACAUAACAAAGCGCGGGAUUGUCGGAAAAUGACAGGUCCGUAUUUCGCGCGCUUUUCGAUAUAAGGUGGUGAACAGUUGCGCGGCUCUACAGUGCCGCUCCCGCGUUCUUAGAUCCAACAACGCCCAUCAUGGGGAGAAAGGUAAUGUUGAUAUUGGCGUGCCUCACGUUUAGUGAAACGUUAGGUGAACCUGAAAAACCUAAAGUGAACCUGGUAGAUAACACUGCCAAAGAAAGUGGGUCCCGCCUGUACCGUCAUGUUCCCGCGGGAGUGUACGCCAGCGCCGCGCCCUACGCCGCCUAUUCGUUUCACGCCCCGAGGCUCGCGACCGCACCGAAAGAAAUGCAGCUCGUUCCCGUUAACCAAGAAAGGGUUGUUAUACAGAACACAAACGGUUUUUUGACGGAUUCCUAUGGAAAAUUCGCGGAGACGCCGCAAAUGGUGGGGUUUAAGACAACUUUACCGCAACAGUUUGUUCGCCUUCAAGAUCUACCAUUGCACCUGUCUCAACCUUUGGUGUCCGGUGCACCUGGGGCACAACAAGGAGCACAACAUUUUUUUGCACCGGCACAUUUCAACGUGCAAGGUUUCCAAGCACCCGGGACUUCUUCAUUCGCAAGAUACGCAGUACCGCAACCCGUCGUACACAACGCAAAUAUUAGGAAUUUUGGUGGUUUUCCAGUUCUACAAAAUAACUUUAAUCCUCAUCCAGUGGCACAACAACAACCCUCCAGCAAUAAAGCGGUUUUUGUCAACUUGCAAUCAGAGGAACAGCAAAGCAAUGGACCGAAAUUUCAGCGCUUAGAAGAGGCUCCUAGAAGUUUGCCAGUUGCCCAAGAAAACAAAAACCAAAAUUUUAACAAUCCCCAACAGCUGCACGGUAAUAAAGAACAAUUGCAAGCAGCUCCGGCCAAAGUUACCACCUAUGUUAAUGGCAAAAAAACCGUAUUGACAUUGGAAACUAGACCGCCCCUGCCUUUGUUAGACAUCAGUCUGCUUGAACCAUUAACGUUUGAUAACCCACUGGUACCGCAAGUGCAACAUUUUUUGCCAAGAAUUAAUGAAGCAACUUAUCAUUCAUUGCACAAUUAUAACGCUAAUAACAAAAAACAACAAAAACCAGUACAACUUAAACCUAAAUCUCAAGAGACUGGAGUGAUUAGAAAUAAACCAAAGUCAAAGAAUAAAGUAAAUAAAAAGAAGCAACCGCGACCACAGUAUAUUGAAAAUGAAAACGAACAUCAAACUCCAGAUAUAACAAUAAACGAAACUCCUAAUGCAAGUCCUGAGAUAUCCUACGAAAUUAAGUCACCUAAUUAUAAGGAAACGUACAAGGAACAAGUCGUAAGUUAUAAUAAAGAAACGACAUCAAAACCCGUCACAUACAGCUAUAAAAAAGAGGAGCAAUCGCAGCCAAUUAAUUACAGCUAUAACAAAGAGGAGAAAUCGCAGCCCAUUAAUUACAGCUACAACAAAGAAACAACGUCUGAACCCAUUCAAUAUACUUACGAGAAACAAGUUCAGUCAAAACCUGUGCAUUACAGUUACGAACACAAUUCUAAAGCUCCACAGCAAGAAAAUCAAGCACAUUACGAAAAUCGCGAACAAGAUCCAAAGCAACUAACAUACACAUCCAAAGACGAGAAUAGAGAUGAAGAGCAGAGUGAUCACGUCCGUGUAAGGCAGCCAGCGACUUCUAUCGAGCUGCAAGAAGAAUCAGCCGAAGAUGAUACUCCUAAACAGCCACAGCCUCCACAAAAUACCCACAACAUACAACGAGAACAAUACUCCAAUGCACCGCAGCCCACGCAUCAAUUGGUACCAGAGCAUAGACAAGUGACACACAAUCAGAAACAUCUCCAAGAUGAAUCUUAUACAGAUAAUCAUGAGUUCCCAAAAUCAUUUAUGGAGUUAGUUAAUUCUCAAAUCAAUCACGGACAUUAUCAUGCCGGACCUCCUAAAUAUAAUAAUCAUAAAAACCAAUUACCCACACACAGACCCAACGAGCAAAUUCGAGUAGAUCCACAACAGCACAUACACAAACAGCAACCUGACCGUCCGCAAGAAUCACAUCACAAUGGAGGACAACACCGGGAACAGCAUGAUGACUAUGUUCACAAUACGCAUACGUAUGAAAAACCCAAAGGUAGUCGUGAGUUUUCUGAAGGUCAUAAUAAUGAAAAACAGAACAGACAAGAGGCCAACGAAGAGGAAAAUAAAGAAGAAAAUUUCGAAAGAGCUUACAAAAAUGCAGCUUUCGGAUUUCCAGGAUACGAGAAGAAUUCUGAAGACAUCGAAAAGGAAAUCUACAAUCCAGAAGCGUACGCCAUAGGUCGUGAGAAUGGUAAUUUUGAUUUUGAGCAUGCGCCCUUCCAACAAUAUUAUGAGGAAAGUGAUAAGUUUCCAAAAGAAACUCACUCCAGUUACAAAGACAGUCGCGACAAAGUGAAAGAAGAUUAUUACUUAGGUUUUACCGCCGCUAAACCUGAAAGUAUCAACGAUAGACACAAUAACAAACAGGAAUACUUUGAGAUGUAUAAACAACAUAAACCCGAAAAUUACUUUAGCGCAAAGCAAAAUGAAAAUGAAGACGAGGAGCAUGAAAAGCAGAACGCCAAGUAUUCCGCUAUUCCUUACUACUACGAGUCAGAAGAAAAACCUAAGCAACAAUCCGCCAGAUACCAAGCGGGGCCGAAAGUUUUGUACGAAUUCGAUUACGGUAAAGAAACUCCCCGAGAUAAUGCCGCUCGUGGUUCUCAACCACUUCAAAGAUUUAAAACGAAGACACAAUUCGUCGAACCUCAAUUCCAAUACGGCUUCGAGCCUUCCUCUUUACCUUAUCUCCUCGACAGCGAAUUGGCGCCGAUGGCGAGCAACGUAAGGCUAGAGAGCGAAAAACCCGGUGCGAGGAAAAAAACGUACAAAGAAAAUUGGUACAUCAAAAAGAGUAGUACAUCAGGAGGUAGCAACAAAAGCUGAUAGAGUUAUUUAUUACCAAAAGUUAGUGUAAGUUUAAUGUAGUGGUAUAAGAAUAAAUUAAUUCAUCGUUACUUUUUUUUUAAUCUGUACUUCGGUUGUAAACUGAAAUCGUUAAAUGAUUGUUCAAUAUUCUGCAACAAACUUUCUCUGCCGAUACGUUACGUGAUGCGAUCUAUUUCUUGCCCCGAUUUUGCCAAUCAACUAUAAAUAGAAAUAAAAUAAAAAUUUCUCCGGUCUUCAGUGGAGUCAGCCACCGUACCGUAAAGGGGGCAAAAAACACUAAACACUGAUUAUAUAUGCUUCCGCAACAAUCAAUCGACACGAAUUGUUG